AUGGCCAAGGAGUUCCAAUUCAACUGGCGCCCAAACGUGCCCACUCUGCUGCAACACGGUUCGAUUUUCGAUCGCUACGACGACGUCUGGGAAGCGCGUCCAUGCGGCUUACCAAAGGAUGGUCGCGUUUUAUUCGAGCUCGAACAAAGGGGGCCUCGCGAGACCCUAGAAGAGCGUACGAUAUGGAUAACUCACGGACAGGACCUCGUUAACGUUCAGAGUUUCUAUCUAGUAGCAGAGUCUCUUGAAAUAGCUAAGACAUGGCGGAUAGGUAUAAAUGAGAUUUUGAGGAAUUCCAAGACCCGUCACGUCUGCCCAACAACGAAUCUUCUGAGAUACUGGAAAUGGUUGACAUUGAGCGUAAAUGAUCGACGGAAGAUUCCGAUCAAACUGCUAGUGAAAACAUUCUCAUCAGGUAAACCAGAAAAGAUGGUGCUCAAGUGUCUCAGCGAUCUUGGUCUAUGUGGAGAUAAGGAGCGGGAAGAGUUAGACGUUGAGGUGUUAACUUUUGAGAAGUUUAUACGUUUGUACAACAAGAUUUGUCCACGUUCCGAGGUUCAGGAGCUUUUCGUGAAGUUGAGCGGUCAGAAGGAGUACUUGACAAGAGACAGGCUCACAAAUUUCCUUAACGAAGAGCAACGCGAUCCUCGUCUGAAUGAGAUUCUCUUCCCAUUCUUCGACAAUACUCGGACGCAAAUAUUGAUUAGUAAAUUUGAACAGGACAACAACUACAUAGAUAAUGGGAAGAUGUCUGGUGAUGCUUUUCUUCGUUUCCUGAUGUCAGAUGAGAAUUCUCCCGUAUUUCUGGAUCGAAUUGAUAUGUAUCAAGAUAUGGACCAGCCACUAUGUCACUAUUACAUAAACAGCUCCCACAACACUUACUUAACGGGUCGGCAGUACGGAGGAAAAUCUUCUUCAGAGAUAUACCGUCAAGUUCUACUCUCAGGCUGUCGCUGCAUUGAGCUGGAUUGUUGGGAUGGCACGGGGGAGAAUAAGGGAGAGCCAAUUAUCACGCACGGGAAGGCAAUGUGUACCGACGUGUUUUUUAAAGAUGUCCUCUAUCAAAUCCGUGAUACUGCAUUCGAACGUUCGGAAUUCCCAGUGAUCUUGUCGUUUGAAAAUCAUUGCUCAAAGUCCAAUCAGCUGAAGAUGGCAAAGUAUUGUGUGGAUAUUUUUGGAGAUAUGCUUUUAACUAAGCCUCUGGACGAUUAUCCUUUAGAUCCUGGUGUACCACUGCCUUCUCCAAAUCGCUUACGUCGGAAGAUCUUGAUCAAGAACAAACGUUUGAAGCCAGAAAUUGAGAAGCAUCAGCUCGACCAGUUUCUUCGUGAGGGAAAAUUGGACGAGGAGGACGAAAUUGUCGAAACCCCUGAAGUGGUUGGAGAGGAUACUGUGUCGCUUCGUUGGUUUUUCCAAUCUAUACGCAUGUCAGAUACCAAAGAAAUGGUGUAA